AAACUUGGUUUACUUUCUCUAAUAUCCAGUCGUUUUGUUGGAGACACUGAUCGACUUCCAGGAAGGAGAGUAAUUGCGUUUAACAUUUCUAAGCUGAAACUUUUCUAAUACUUCCAUUUUUUCGAAAAGAAAAAAGAAAUAUAGCGUAAAUUACUUAUUGCAAGUGUAUGAGUCAAGUCACGUAAGAAAGUUGACGUGGUGGCAGUCACGAGCUCAAAGCCUCGCAACUUCCACAAAGUGGUGUGGAAAGUUCAGGGUACGCGGUUUGAGCGGACCUAUUGCAAAUGUAUAUUUGUACGUAGACAUGGCGAGGUGUUGCAGUUGCAGAAGGGUUUUGGUUUUAGUUUCCAAUUGAUCCAAAUACGAUGAUGCCCUGGUCCCGUAGCAGUAGCAGCUGGAGCUGGUAUUCUUCAAAUGGAUCACCAGAAACGAAUGCCAAUGCCAAUUCCAAUAAUGAGCAUCUGCCCAUCAACAACAACGACCUUAACCACAGAACUAAUCCAAAACUCAUCGUUGCUCUCCAUAAUCUCAUGGCCUGGGCUAAAUCUAUUCUUCCUACCUUCAAUGUUCCCAGCUGGAGCAGGCGAUCAUUAAGCAACGAUUGGGCGUACGAGCACCAGCUAUGCAAAGCUGCGAGCGAGGGCGACUGGGAAGCUGCAAUGAAGAUCGAAGAAGAACAAUCAGGAACCCUAUCAAGGGUUAUAAACAAUGAUAGACAAGAAACGGCUCUCCACAUAGCCACCAGAUUCAACCAGGCUGCAUUCAUAAAGGAGCUGGUUGAGCGUCUCAACGAUCAAGAUCUGGCCUCCAAAAAUAGAUGCGGAAACACUGCCCUUUGCAUCGCUGCUACUUCAGGCGCUGUUGACAUUGCCAAGUUAAUGGUGCGCCAGCAUAGCGGUUUAGCUCUCAUUCGUGGGUCCAAAGGCACAAUCCCACUUCUAAUUGCAGCAAAAUACAAAAACAAGAACAUGGUUUCCUAUCUCCUCGAUGUAACGCCCUUGGAUGGUUUGAAAGUUGAAGAGCAAGUAGAGCUUCUUUUUGGUGCCAUCUCUGCCGAUUAUUAUGAUAUAGCUUUGGUUAUUCAAAGUUGCAACAGGUCGUUAGCACUGCAACGGGACAUCAAUGAAGAUACACCCUUGCAUAUAAUGGCCCGAAAGUGGAACGCGAUUGGCACCAAAAAUGAGCCAACCAAGUGGCAAUCAUACAUCAAUAGCGGCUGGUCCAAAUUUAUGUACAGAAAGACAAUGAUGCAGAUCCAAGCCCGUGAAAUGGUUGUACAGAUGUGGAAUACUGUUAAAAGCAAAACGACUUCAAAAGAAAAGCUGUUGGAUUUCAUUGAACAUCCGUCAAGCAUGCUACACGAGGCUGCAAGAGUUGGAAAUGUUGAAUUUCUGAAUGUAUUACUCCAAAAAGAUCCUGAUCUUGUGUGGAGAGUCAUCGAAAAUGGGAAGACCAUACUUCACGUAGCUCUAGAGAAUCGACAAGAGCGUGUCUUCAAAUUAAUUUAUGAAAUGGGCCUCAUCUACAAGGAUGACUUGCUAUGCUACUUCGAUGAGAAAAAAAUCAGCCUGCUUCAAUUAGCUGCCAAAAAGCCCGACCCAAUUCAUCUCAACCGAGUCUCCGGAGCAGUCUUUCAAAUGCACCGCGAACUUCUCUGGUUUCGGGAUGUGGAGAGUAUGGUAGAGCUUACAAUGACAAUAAAGAAAGGGGAGCAAACACCACAUGAAUUAUUCACCCAAGAGCACAGAGAGCUCAAGGAAGAAGGAGAAAAAUGGGUGAAGAAAACGGCGAAUUCGUGUAUGCUGAUCGCCACUCUGAUCGCCACCGUAGUUUUUACAGCAGCCUUCACGGUUCCGGGCGCCAAAAACGAGCACACGGGCUUUCCCAUAUUUCUUCACCACAAAUGGUUCACUGUGUUUUUGAUAUCAGAUGGGAUAGCUUUGAUCUCAUCUUCAACUUCAAUACUGCUGUUCUUGUCAAUCUUGACAUCGCGGUGUUCAGAAAAUGACUUUCUGGUGUGGCUGCCACUGGAGUUGGUGUUGGGCCUUGGAUCGCUCUUCCUCUCCGUAUUGGGCAUGGUGCUGGCUUUUGGUGCUGCCCUCUUCUUGUACUAUGGCAAAGAUACGGCUUGGAUUCCAUUGCUGAUUACUGGGAUGGCCAUUGUUCCAAUUUACUGGUUUGGUGUGCUGCAAUGGAAACUUUGGGCAGAUGCAUUAGCAGCGUUACGUGGAUCAUUACAUGCCAUUGGGCUGUCUCGCUUGUUAAAAAAUAGGAAGACCAAGGUAUUCUGAUGAAUCAUUCUUCUUCCUCUUCUUCUUUUUCAUCUUCAAUUGAACUUUGUUGAUUGUUAGUUAUACUUUCCUAUAUUAUAUAAAUUAUGUAAACAUGGUUAAAAUUAGUCGACCGCAAAUUUAAUAGUUCUUUAUUAUUAACUAAUGAUUUCGGACUA